AUGGGUCUCCUGAUCGUGGCCGGCUUUGACAGCCCAGGAUCGAACCUGGGUUACAUUGCUACAUUGCCAUCUAACUAUUUAUCUCUCGAUCCCUCGCUGUCUCUCAGUGUCCAUUCAGGAGAGUUUGGAAAGCAGGGAGGACCGAUCCCUGUUGUUCCCACCGCUGACUUCCAGACCAGAGUCGCUGGUGCUUCUGAGAAGGACAUUGUUCACUCUGGGCUGGCCUACACCAUGGAGAGAUCUGCCAGGCAAAUCAUGCGUACGGCCAGUAAGUACAACCUGGGUCUGGACCUGCGGACGGCUGCGUACGUCAACGCCAUCGAGAAGGUGUUCAAGGUCUACAACGAGGCCGGCAUUGAGAUAUGUCCAUUCAGGAGAGUUUGGAAAGCAGGGAGGACCAAUCCCUGUUGUUCCCACCGCUGACUUCCAGACCAGAGUCGCUGGUGCUUCUGAGAAGGACAUUGUUCACUCUGGGCUGGCCUACACCAUGGAGAGAUCUGCCAGG